CUCUAAGUAGCGCUCGCGCCUCCUGGUGUCAGUUAUGUAACUAAACUAUCAAAGACUGAUUGACAAGUCUUCGAAAAAUAGGAAAACUCGUGGAUGCAUUAAAAAUCUUUAAAUAUGUUGACAUCUUUUCGUGCACUUCGUACAAUUUUAGCUCCUACAAGGGGCAGAGGAAUUCAAACAUCUUCUAGUCAUGCAUCUGAUCAACUAUUUAAUCAUAGAGACACCGAAUACAAUAAUCCCAGUACACCCUUUGAAUUUAAUGAAGCAAACAAAAAACGUAUCGAGGCUCUUCUAAAAAUUUAUCCAGAAGGUCACAAACGUGGUGCAAUGAUACCUCUAUUAGAUUUAGCUCAAAGACAACAUGGUUGGCUACCACUCUCCGCUAUGCAUAAAGUUGCUGAGAUUCUCAAUGUACCUCGAAUGCGUGUUUAUGAAGUUGCUACUUUCUAUACAAUGUUUAACAGAAACCCAAUGGGAAAAUAUCAUAUUCAAAUCUGUACGUGUACUCCAUGUUGGUUGAGAGAUUCAGAUUCUAUAGUAACUGCUGUAACUGAAGCUGCGCGUUGUAAACUUGGUGGUACCUCUGAAGAUAAAUUAUUUACUGUAUCAGAAGUUGAAUGUUUAGGAGCAUGUGCCAAUGCACCAAUGUUCCAAGUUAAUGAUGAUUAUUAUGAAGACUUGACUCCUGAAAGUGCUGCAAAAAUAAUAAAUGCAUUAAGGAAAGGUGAAAGACCGCCACCUGGUCCACAAAAUUCGCCUAGAUUUGCUGCAGAUCCAGCUGGUGGAUUAACGUCUUUAAAGUCUCCACCUCCUGGACCAGGAUUUGGGGUCAGGUCAGAUCUAUAAAAUAGAUGUUAA